AAACAAACCUGCAGGUUUAUUUCACCCACUGAAAAAACCAAGACCUGAGAACUCGUCAGCUGGUCAACGACUCUUCAGCAAAUCAGUUUCUGCUGUUGCUCUGCUGCUCUGAAGUCGACCAACACGGACAGAAAUGUUGCCGUUGCUGUUGCUGCUGGUUGCGUCCUCACCCAGUGCUCAGCAUGUGGAGAGGAACCAGCCACCAGAUGAAAACGUUUCCUUCCUGAAACCAGAUCCAGCAGAUGAUGUUGCUAAGAUCAGAGCUAACGUGUCUGUCUCAAUAAUCCGACGUGUUCUGACUUCUGCUCCGUUCAGACAGAAAAUCCCAGUUAACUCGACGCUCCCAGAGUUCGGUAAUACAGGAAAACUGCAAUGGAAAGAAUGGAAGGGUUCCCCUCCAAAUGGAUCCGUUUCCAUUCAGAACAGCUACGCCAAACGAAUCGACUACAUCUGCAAAGUCGGAUGUCAUUCUGGGUUUUACAACCCCAGCAAAGGCUCUUACUGCCACUACCCCAAUAAAAAAGAAGAGCAUCGUUCCUCCUCUUUUCAAGUCCUGGUGAAUGAAGAUAAUUUUGAGAUCUUGCAGUGGAAGGAAGGUUCUUAUGGUUCUGUUCCACAGAAUGCAAUCAGAACCUGCUCCAGUGAGGAAAUAUAUGUAGGGAAGAACAAGUACGGACUGGGGAAGGUUGAUCCGAAAGAUAAAUGUUUUUAUCUCCCCUGGGAGGGAAGUGAGUAUUGGUACCGGUACUAUGAGGUUCUGACCCACAUGAAGGCUGAAGAUAAUCUCAUCUCUGAUGUCAAAUAUCACACAAAUCAAGCUAAAAUUUUGAAAGAACCUCCAAAAACCCUCCAAAGCUCUACUACCACCAACCAGGACCUCAAUCCUGUGACAAAAACAGUUUCUCUGACUAAGACAACCACAGAUGAGAGACGGUGGGACAUCAGCUCCUCCAUCACUGCCGGUGUAACAACGUCCAUAAGUGCAGGAAUUCCCUGCGUUGUGGAUGGAAAUAUUGAAAUCAAUGCAGAGACGACUCAUACGUUCUCAGGUGGAAAUACCUGGACAGAGCAAAUCUCCCACUCUGUGUCGAUACAGCUUACCAUACCACCAAACCACAGCUGCACAGUAAAGAUGGUUGGUUAUCAGUACAAGAUGGACGUUCCCUUCACCGCCGUCCUCAAGCGAACCUAUGAAGACGGAGAGACCAGAUCAGUUACCAUCUCUGGAAAUUAUCACGGAGUCCAAGUUGGAGACAUUGAGGCUGAAGUUGAAAAAUGUAAACCUUUGUCCAACUCCAAACGCUUCAUCCUACAACAACAUGAUGUAGGAUAUUUGGAGAGUGAAAACCUCCUGAAGUAAAGUUAGCAUGACUUUACCAGCAGAGCUUCAGCUUCAUUUAUGCUUUUUUAUUCAUACUCUUUGAAACUGUAACCAUGCGGUUAGUCAAAGGAGUGACUUUAUAUGCAAUUCUGAUAAAAACCCACAACAUUUUUAUUAACUAUCAUCUCAUUUAAAGUUGAUCUAGAAACAGACAAGCUUUAAAGUUUAUGAAUGUACCCUGUGAGCUAUUCUAUGCAAUUUAUUUGGCAUUAAUAAAGCUUAUAAGCAAUGAAAA